AUGGUCUGCCCGCUGGACCUCGCUCUCACCGGAACCGCGUGGGCUCGCUUCCUGAACGAGCUGCUCACGUGCGGGCUCCUCGACGCGGCCCCCUUCUCCUCUUCGGCUGCACUACAGCUGGCGAUCGACCGCCUCGAUGUGUCGCCAGCGGCGCUGGAGGACUACGUGCUCGCGCUGGAGGGCGCGCUGCCCCCUUCGCUCUGCGCCCCCAACGUUGCGGGGCCGCAGUGGCUGGAGGAGGCGCGCGAUGCGGCGACCUACUUGCGCGGCGACGCUGGCCGCCGCAGCGUCGAGGAUAAGCGCCUCUACCUGCUCGCCCCGGCGCCCCGCUACUGUCCUCAGUCCUUGGCGACUGCGCCAACCACGCCGCUUGCCACCGCCGUGCGGCGCGUGGAGGCCUCGCUUGCCCCGAGGCGGGCUGUCUUGGCCGCUGCCUCUGCCAACGGCGCGUCCCCGCAGUCCGUGGUGGCCGCGCUGGUCGAACAUGCCGCCUCGCUGCGCUCACCGAGUGCGGUGGCUGCAACAGACACGGCCCCUUCUAGCCCCCAAAUACCGGACCAGCCCAAGGUGAUGGCUCUAAAAUUCCAGCCAGCCUCGGUGAUGGCUCUAUAA